AUGUUCAACGAGUACCAGCACCAAGAUUUCGACGUCGUGAGCACGGUCGAUAAAUUCGGCGGCGUCGAGGAGCUCGCUCCCAAAGAUAACAACUUGACCCAGACUCGUUUCUUCAGAAAGUCUUUGAGCCCCGGAGAUGAGGAAGAGUUCUCCAAACUGAUGGAGUUUCAGGAAUUCAUUAUGAAGGACGGGUGCCACGGCACUAUUCACCCCAUGUAUGAGCACGACGGCCUCAAGUGGGUACUGAUGUCUGUACCCUCAGAGAACUUUGAAGCUAGCGGCCUAUCUGGACUCUUCUGA